AUGGGCCGGCCGGAUUCUCUUAUGCAUGCAUUUUCCCCUGCCGAGAGUAAUGCCUAUAUCGCCGAAAUGACUUCACUCGCAUUCUUCGAUUUUUUUCUUCCGUCGACUUCAAUAGUUGCCCCCCUGUGGUCAAGGCUUUUCCAAUUCAAGCAUUUCGAACUCGCAUCUUCCGGUGACAUGCAGGAUAUCCCAUGGAGCUUUAUGAAUAUUCCUCAAGUGUUUUCUGCGGUCCGAGUCGGUACCUUGAAUGCUGGCGCUGCAGACCGGGUCAGUUUCCUCAUCUCAAGGCCUCCCUCAACCGCCUUCAAACUGAUUAUUUUCCUGAGGAAAAGAGUGGCCGGUCAUUCGUUCGGAGCUAUUCUCUCGUCCGAUUGGCUGGAAGCCAGGCUUGUACCUGAAUUAGAAGGUGUCCGGCUGAGACCGGUCGACUCUUGCAUCUCUCGUCCGCCUUGUCCUUCCCUUCAUCUCCUCUUUCCACCUUUCACCAUCGUCCUCUAG